CUAACAUGCCGAGCGCCCCGCCCCCUUUGCGUUCAGCUGCAGUCAGGUGUACUUGAACAGACUAGCUCCAUUAGCUAUGUGUUGAUGGUGUGAGAAUAUAUUUCCUGAAUAAAUUUGUGGUGGUUUGGUGACGUAGCCUGCUAGCGUCAAUGUUGGCACGUAACUUGUACGUGUAAAUGCUUUGCGCUAGAAUGGACCUGUUGAACUCCCAGUUCCUGGACAAGAUGAACAAUAACAUCGGAAGACUGCACUACGAUGAUGAGUCCAGGAUCCCAUCCCUAUCAACUGCUGUGCCCACCUUAACCGGACCUCCUCCACUCUUCUCAAACAAACGAAAGUAUGGAGAAGAACAAACGGAAGACAGAAUCAAUUGUGAUGAUGACCAUGUGACUAAAAUGAGCAGAAUGUUUGCUUCACACAUGGCUAGUCCAUCUGCUGGAGAUAACCACAACGAGCACUGGAGCAUCGGCCACGGCCCUGUGGAGCAUAUUCUUUCUUUUUCUAAUGGUAUCCAUGGGAACCACCCAUUUGCAUCCAUUUCUAGCUAUGACGUGGACCUGCCUCUUGCUCGGACCAAAAGCAACAAUGACUAUGAAGUUGGCAAAAUAUCGGGGUCUGUCAUGAGUGGCGCCGCAGACCGGCAGCAGAAUCGUCCCUCGGUCAUUACAUGUGCCCCUGCAAGCAGCCGCAACUGUAAUCUGUCACAGUGCCACAUGAACGGCUGCACUCCCACCCUGCCAGCAAAUCAGAGAAACACCAAUGCUAACGCAGUGUGUGACCCUGUAAUCGAGGAGCACUUCCGUCGCAGCCUCGGGAAGAACUACCGAGAGGCAGAAGUCGUGUCCAAUUCUGUGUCCAUUACUGGUUCUGUGGACGACCACUUUGCCAAGGCACUGGGGGACACCUGGCGUCAGAUCCAAGCCAGGGGUGGGGGUCCUCAAACUCCAGAGGCUGACCUGUGAGCCAGAGGAGAGCAAUAAUAAUCAGUUUGUAAGCAUGUGCAUACGAGAGUGGAACCAGCUUCCCUUAGCCAAGAACAGUGCAACACACGGUGCUCACACAGGCGGUCCACUCCUGGAGAUUUAAGGACCUCAGGACAAAGUUUGCAACAUAAAGCUGCAAAUCUCUGUUAUAAAGGAAAAUUGACAUGUAUCAUGUGGUAGUUGAGAGGAAAAUGUACAAUCAUAGGUUUGUAGGAGAUUCACUAAGUAGUCUGCUGUCAGAGUGAGCAUUUCUCUUUCUGCUGCCUUAAGAGCCAAAGACAUUUGCUGCCUUGGUCCUUCUACGUGUACAUCCAUACAUUUACUCUAAAAACACUGCAUUUUAAUCAAUAGUACUUGAAAUAGACAGCCAGGUCUCAUUUGCACUGGCAGGUUCCUGAACACCGAGUUGACCCAUUUCUGGUGGGAGUUCUGAGUUUAUGAUGGAGCGGUUCCCCUGCUUUCUAACAGCACUAGAUUCAUCUGUCACCCUGAUGGUGAACUGCUGAUUCACUUUAGUAUUCACUAGUGUACUCUCUUUCUCCACUAACACCAAUCAUAGAAGGCAUGUUUCAAAUAGCUGGUUUCUAUUUACAAACCUUAUCCUAUAAUUUACUCAGAAUUUAUUUUUUAUCCGUAACACUCACUGCUGGGACAGUUGUACUCGAUAUGUUUUUUGUACCAGGUUUUUUAUUUAGGUGUGUAUCUUGGCGUCCAUCUUCGAGUGGCAGCCUCUGGAAAGGUUGCAUUGAGUGCAGCUGAAUGGGCUGCGUUGUUGUUUCUCUGCAGAGCUGGAUGCUGUAGCCCAACACGUGACUGAGUACAGCUGAAUCUGUAGUCUGGUUUAAUAGCAGUGGCUUUAUUUAUUCUCAACAUGUUGAUUGUUUCAUGUUGAUUUCUAGAAAGUAAAAGUUUUUACGUGCCUUUCUAACGGAGAGGAGUUUGACUGAUUAGGUGAGUUCAUUCUGAGUCUUUAAACUGCUGCGUGCAGCAUGGAUAGUUUCGGUUUUUGAGUCAACAUUCCCACCACUGCUGACAGAUUUUUUUGCUGUUACUUUGUGCUGAACAAAUACUUUCACACUUAUCGUUUUUAUUUUUUUUAUUUUUAAUGAUUUAACAGUAUUUUCAAAAUGGCCAUGAUAACCGAAGAGGGCUUAACUUAGUACCAAAGUUUAUUUUACGUUAUUUUAUCGCGUCGUUUGGCUGUGACUUUUAUAACAUUUCAUUUGUUUGUUGUUUACCAUUUGGCAACACAACUUUUAUGCUGUUUGGCAAAUAUGUGUUGCAAAAACCCUCAUUUGUAUAGAUAUUUUUGAACUUUUUUAGACUCUUUCUACUUUUGCUGUAGCGCCACAUCUAGGACUAUCAUUGCGCCGUGCGGAAUGAUUAUAGUAAUUUAGUUUUCAUUCGGAGUGGAAUGGCACCGUGUGAUCUUCCUCUUGUUGUCCGUUAAGUGCAGGAACACGGCAGACUUUCGUCACCAGACGUUCUUUGUGUCGUGUCAGAAGAAAACUGUUCACAGUAGAAACGUUUCUGUUUCCCGUUAGAAAACGAGGACUCAUGGCAUCUGCUUGUUUGACACAAGUAAAGAUUUCACUGAUGUGUUUUAGGUUAAUUAGAAAUUAUUUAAUUUGUACCUGUAUACCACAAAUAACUGCUUAACGUUCCUGCUUCUGAAGUUGUCAUAGAGACAUUUAAAACAUUUGUUUGCCUUAAUUCGCAGGAAGAAAGUACCACUUUUUGUACCUCCUUUAACCUUUUCUAAAUAAACAUAUAAUACUCAC